CUAGAAAGUCCAACCAGAGCGCCAGCUACGGGUUUUGUACGGAAGAUCAUAUCUUUUGAGAUCGUUUGAGCUACAAAGAAAAUGCUAGACGACGAGUACCUGAUCGGAGACAAGGAGGAUGCGGCGCCUGCGCCGAAGGCCAAGGCGAAGGCCAAAGUGCGUGCGAAGAGGCAGCCGAAGCGAGCACAGGCGACCCCCACGUCCACUCCCGCGGUCGGCACCCAGCAGAGUUCACAGCAACCGGACUCGGCGCAGCUUCCCACGGGCGACUCACAGGUGAUGUCGCAAUCGCGUCGCGGAACCACGAAGGAGCAGCUUACCGUCGUCCUAGAAAUCUGCACACUGGUUCCAGAAGCGUUUACGCGGGAAAUCAAAGAUGCCAAGUUCCGGUCGAGCGUGCAGUCGCUCGGUGAGUUUUCGAUACAGGAACAGGCGAGCCCCUUCCCCUUUGCGUUCCUCCGCACCUCGUGGGACUACGCCUCAGCCAUGGAUGCGGUGUUUGGCGACGCAAGUAGUGUGAAAAAUAAAUCAAGCAGUAAAACUACACCCGGCGGAAAACAACCAGCAGAACAACGUCAGGAAAUAAUACAACAAGACAGCUACGAUCCGCGGCUUCCCUGCGUGAUGGGUUUUUUUGAUCGCACGGUGCGCAAUGCCACGGACGCCCAGCUCCGUGAGCUGAUGGAGAAUUUGAAGAAAAUGCAGAUUCAGCGCCGAGCCGCGCGGGCUGUGCUGGUCGUGAAAAGCGACGAUCGGAGCACGGACUACGUUGCCGAAGGGCUUGUGCUGCACGAUCUGGACAUGAUCGAGGUGUCUUCGCUCAGCGAAGCCGGUUCGUACGUCCUGGUUGCAGUGGAGGCGGUGCUCAAGAGCAAGAACAAAAAGACCGCGACGGGCGAAUUCCACCAUCGCGCGGAGGGUUGCAAGUCCGUGCCCACGAACGUGGAGGGCAUCGGCGCAAUGUACGGGAACUGGUGCUCCAUGCUGAUGGAGAUUCCCGGUCUCGGCGAGGAAAUGGCGAAGGUGGUGGCUGAGAACUUCAAAACGCCACCUCUUUUGGUCAGCGCAAUUCUGCAGGACGAAGCCAGAGCCUACGGCAAUGUCCUUAAGCAGCUGGAAAAUCUUUUGGUUCCCCAACGCGGAAAGAACGAAACGCGGCGGCUCGGACCCGCUCUGGCCAAUCGCAUCGUCCAGUUCUUCGCGAGUGACGACCCGGAGGAGAUCAUAGCGGGAUAGGGCUACCUCAGUGCGGCUGCAUCGUGCCACGUGUUUCAUCCGAAGUACUCUCGUAAAUAUGCGCAGCAUCUUCGUAUCUAUACGCAUCUAUCGCCAUUCCCCGUCUUUGCAACGGUCUCCGUGCUGCACUUGCAUUUUCACUGACACAGUGCGUGGCUGUGACCUCGAAUAGGGCCACGCUCACUUAGUAUUUUUUCGCUGAAGAGAACGUACGGAAACGAAAAGCUUUCCGGGGCUUUGAGGUCGAAACGAA